AUGACGGGGGAAGCAAAUAGUGAUGUGAGGCUUAAUUCACAAGUCAUCCCCAAGAAAGGGAGUUUUAAGUAUCUUGGGUCUAGUAUCCAGGGGAACGGGGAGAUUGACGAGGAUGUCACACACCGUAUAGGGACGGGAUGGAUGAAAUGGAGGUUAGCCUCUGGCGUCUUGUGUGACAAAAAGGUGCCACCAGAACUUAAAGGCAAGUUUUAUAGAGCGAUGGUUAGACCGGCUAUGUUGUAUGGGGCAGAAUGUUGGCCAGUCAAGAACUCUCAUAUCCAGAAGAUGAAAGUAGCAGAAAUGAGGAUGUUGAGGUGGAUGUGGGGGCAUACUAGGUUGGAUAAAAUUAGGAAUGAGGAUAUUCGGGCUAAGGUGGGGGUGACGCCUAUAGAUGACAAAAUGCGGGAAGCGAGGCUUAGAUGGUUUGGGCACAUGCGGAGGAGAAGUCUUGACGCUCCGGUUAGGAGGUGCGAGCGGUUGGCUUUGUCAGGCUUCAAAUUAUCUAUAUCAUCAGAAAUUGGCCCUAGUGUAGAAGUAGAACUAUAUAAGCAAAUCACUGGUAGCACAUCACCUCGUCUUCUCUCUCUUUCAUCUGCUCACGAGACAGCAGAGGUUUAUCCUACAAUGUGGUUACCAUUGACACCUGUGGCAGCGGAUAUAAAUAGAUCUUACAAUCGUUAUAAUAUGAGUACCACAGAGAAGAAAUACUGGUAG